CUUUUUUGUUCUUUCUUUUCAUUUUUUUUUUUCUUAACUCGUGUGCAUCGCCCAUUGUACUAAGGAAAUGAACAGACUUGUCAGCAAGGCACUUCAAACUACUGCCUCUCGCCAAAGCCGUAAGAGCGCUACUGGCAUUCUCAACCGUCUUUACUCUACCCACAAAGAAAUCAAAUUUGGCGUCGAAGGUCGCGCCGGUCUUUUGAAGGGUGUGGAUGUUCUUGCCAAGGCUGUUGCUGUCACUCUUGGUCCCAAGGGUCGUAACGUCCUUAUUGAGCAACCUUAUGGUUCUCCCAAGAUUACUAAAGAUGGUGUUACUGUUGCUAAAUCCAUCGUUUUAGAAGAUAAAUUUGAAAACUUGGGUGCUAGACUCGUUCAAGAUGUAGCUAGUAAGACAAACGAAAUUGCUGGGGAUGGUACUACUACUGCUACCGUCUUGGCCCGUGCCAUCUUUACUGAAGGUGUCAAAAACGUGGCCGCUGGUUGUAACCCUUUGGACCUUCGUCGUGGUGCUCAAUUAGCCGUGGAUCACGUUCUUGAAUUCUUGAAAUCUAAUAGCAAGGUGAUUACCACCUCUGCCGAAAUUGCUCAAGUGGCUACUAUUUCUGCCAAUGGUGAUAAGCAUGUAGGUAAUUUGAUUGCUCAAGCUAUGGAGCGUGUGGGUAAGGAAGGCGUCAUUACGGUCAAGGCCGGUAAGACGAUUGACGAUGAAUUGGAAGUCACUGAGGGUAUGCGCUUCGACCGUGGUUUCAUCUCUCCUUACUUCAUCACCGAUACCAAGACACAACGCGUUGAAUUCGAAAAGCCUUUGAUCUUGUUGUCCGAAAAGAAGAUUUCUUUACUCCAAGACAUUUUACCUGCUCUUGAAGCCGCUGCCACACAACGCCGUCCUCUUUUGAUUGUUGCUGAAGAUGUGGAUGGUGAAGCUCUCGCUGCUUGUAUUUUGAACAAGCUUCGUGGACAAAUCCAAGUGGCCGCUGUCAAGGCGCCUGGUUUCGGUGACAACCGUAAAUCGAUCUUGGGCGAUCUUGGUGUGCUCACCCACUCCACCGUCUUCUCGGAUGAAUUAGACCUCAAGUUAGAAAAGGCCACCCCCGAACUUCUGGGUACCACGGGCUCUGUCACGAUCACCAAAGAAGAUACCGUCCUUUUGAACGGUGCUGGUACCAAGGACAGCAUUUCUCAGCGUUGUGAACAAAUUCGUGGUGCCAUUGAAGACCCUAGCACUUCAGAAUACGAAAAGGAAAAACUUCAAGAACGUCUCGCUAAGCUCUCGGGUGGUGUGGCUGUCAUCCGUGUCGGUGGUGCUUCUGAAGUGGAAGUGGGUGAAAAGAAGGAUCGUUUCGAUGAUGCUCUGUGUGCUACUCGUGCCGCUGUGGAAGAGGGUAUCGUUCCUGGCGGUGGUGUGGCUCUCUUGAAGGCAGCCAACUCUCUUGAAAACCUCAAGGGUGCCAACUUUGACCAACAAUUGGGUAUCAAUAUCAUCCGUCAAGCCAUCCAACGUCCUUGUCGCACCAUUGUCGACAAUGCGGGUGGUGAAGGAUCGGUCGUCGCUGGCAAGAUUUUGGAAGACAAGUCGGGUAACUCCAACUGGGGCUACGAUGCCUCCACCAACGAAUACUGUGAUAUGAUUGAACGCGGUAUCAUUGAUCCUACCAAGGUGGUUCGUACAGCUCUUGUGGAUGCUGCUGGUGUUGCCUCUCUUUUGACCACCACCGAAUGUAUGAUUGUAGAUGCUCCUCAAAAGGAGACGCCUGCUAUGCCCAUGGGUGGCGGUAUGGGCGGUAUGGGUGGUAUGAUUAUGAACCCCUUUCAUUUUUCAUUGAGGGUUUUCUUUUUUCCAUCCUGCAUGAAUGGCAAAAAUGCAAAUGCCAAAUGCAACCUAUUCUCUGCACGUUUCAAGGGGGGAGUGCGCGGAGAGGCUGGAAUUGUCGCACAGACAUUCUCUUUGAUUGUCAUGUUGGGCUUGAACCAAGGAACAUGA